UACUGACAACAUUUUCAUCAUUCAUCAUUAACAAUAAAACCAGCAGCUCUGCAGCACCACAACAAAAACAGGCAUUGGCAGUAUGCCCUACUAGGCUGACAAGGGAGGCAAGCUGAUAUUUCAACUGUACUUGACUAAGGUUCCAGUACCUAAAACUGCUCAGACACUCUAAAAGCACCCACUAGGUGGUUUGGAGGUAGACUGCAGUUUCCUCUCUGCAUUACAGAUCAAGCAGCAUCAUGAAUUCAACUCCAAUGACAGAACCAGAACAUUCAGGCUAUGAAAACCACACAAACUCUACUACAGUUCCACCAGUUUGCAGGGAUGCGUCAUGCAUUUUCUAUGCAGCGGCAAAUGUCAUCAUCUUCAUCCUGGGUGUUGUUGGAAAUAGUUUAGUGAUCUGGAUUGCAGGGUUUAAAGUGAAGAAAUCUGUGAAUUCUACCUGGUACUUGAGUCUAGCAGUGUCUGAUUUCAUAUUCUGCUCAUUUCUGCCCUUGGGUAUUGUUGAUGUGAUCAAGAACAAUUGGAUUUUUGGGCUUUUCAUUUGCAAGUCCGUGUUCUUCAUCAUGUACUUAAUUUGGUUCAGCAGCAUCUUCCUCCUUGUCAUCAUCAGUGUGGACCGCUGUGUGGUCGUUAUGUUUCCUGUGUGGGCUCAGAACAAACGUACUUUAAGAAAGGCUUUGGUGAUAGUUGUGCUAGCCUGGAUCUUCUCAGCAGCACUUAGCCUACCAACAAUCAUUUUUGCGGAUGUUAAGUAUGAUUACCAAACCCAGACAACGAUUUGUUACGGAAAUUACAAGAAUCAUCAACAGAAGGUUGCAGAGGUGGUGUGCAAAUUCAUUUUUGGAUUCAUGAUUCCGUAUCUGAUCAUUAUCCUCUGUUAUGUUGUCAUCAUUCGAAAGCUGAAGUCCAAGCAGACAUCAACAUCCAAAAAGCCAUUUAAGAUCAUGACAGUGCUGAUUGUUACUUUCUUGAUCUGCUGGCUGCCUUAUAACACUUUUGCUUUGAUGGGACUUGACUAUGAAAAAUAUAGUUUUUUCCUGUCAGGAAUAAGAGUAGUCAUCGUUCUUGCUAAUGCAAACAGCUGCCUGAACCCAUUUCUUUAUGCUUUUAUGGGGAAGGACGUUAAGGAUCAAUGUUAUGCGCUUCUGUCCAAGAUUGAAAAUGCAAUAGCAGAAGAGGAGGACCAGAAGAUGGUCAAAGGCACAGUUCUUACCAACUCUGGGUGAAGCAAACUUUUAAGUGCUGUCUGAAGUGUACAGUAACAGCGAAAGAAAAAAGAAAGAAAGAAAGAAAAAAUAAAUAAAUAACUAGCCUGUCAGUUUCAGACCAAAAACAAUUAAUUAAUUUUCUUCACUUUUUCAUCUCUUUAUACAAUUUUGCUGUUAAACAUUUACAUUUUUAAAAGUAUUUUUGUUUACUUGAAGUUUACUUGAUCUGUGUUCCACUGUCACCACAUUUAUGCCUUUUAAAUGAUGAUUCUGCUCUUCAGAUAAUAAAAUGGAAACAACAUUUUUGUUGAAAGUCACAAAAUAGCUCUUCUUAACAUUUCGGUUGCUGACCACUGAGGUAAUUCUACUAGUAAAAGGGUGAUCAGCAUGAUCAUGACUGUUUGCUCAAGCUGUAUGUGGCUCAGUCAGGAUCGCACAAUUGCCACCAGCCCAGUUAAUGGCGGCAUUCUAUGGUUCAAGUUUUGCUUGGAUUGACUGAAUCCUGUAGCAAAAAUUUAUUAUUUAUAACUACACAAAAAUUUGUAGGGGCUACAGCUACUAGCUACAAAAAAAAAUUUAGUAGUGUGCUACUUAGCUAUUCCCCCAUUCCUGGCUGUUAGCAGGUUUUAAACUGACCCUCUGUCUGUCUUUACAAGUAACCUAGCCAUGGGUAAAUUAUACUAUUGCAUUUUGUACCAUUUUUGGGUGGAAUUGCACAUGA